UGAUCCUAGAUCAGCAGGAGCGGAACCGGAAGUAAGAGUGGUGGAGGCUCCCAACAGGAAGUGGUCUCCGCUCUACUACUGCGGCAGCAGUUUACCGUCAUUUGUUCAGGGCUGCCAUUUUAGCAAGCUUACGUUUUCCUGCAGCUGCAUCAUGGGGAUCAAAGUGGUGCAGCUCACUUCAAGCUCCCACCAUGAAAACCUCCUGUCUUCCCUGCACGACCUGAAGCAGCAGGAGCACCUCUGUGACGUCACCGUCCAGGUGGACUUCAUGGGCGAUGUGCAGGAGUUUCGGGCCCACCAGGUGGUUCUGGCGGCCAUCAGCGGCUACUUCAGGACGGCUCUUCUGACUCCAAGGCCCAUGGAAGACAAACUGCAGCUGUCAAACAUGCACAGCCACGAUUUCUCCAAGUUUUUGGAUUUCGCUUACACAGGAAAGGUUGAGGUUGCCAGAAAGAAGAUCGGUGAGGUCCAAGCGAUGGCCCAGUUCCUGGACUGCGAGGGUUUGUCCAACAUUUGCAGCGAGGCUUUGAGCGCCGGAGUUUUACAGAAACCUUCCAGAAAAAAGUCUGCUGAAGCUUUAGAAGGUGAUAAUUCUGAAGGAAAGGAAGAACUUUCUCCUCAUUCACCAAAAAAAACGCUAAAGAAGAAAAACAGAAAGAAGAACACAAAAAGGCCAGAAGGAAAGCUGAAACUGAAGCUGGGCGGCCUGAAGGUGGUGCAGAAGUCUUGGUAUUAUAACGCAAACCAAGACGAAGGGGAGCAGGAGAACAGAACGGAAGAGGAGGAUCAGCCGGAGGAAGAAGAGCAGAACAUGUCCGUGGAUAAAGCUCCUUCAGACGGAGAUGAUUGGGAAUGUGAGGAGGACGUGCAUGAGGACGAUCCGUUGUUCUUCCUGGAAGAGGAGGAAAAAGAGGAGGAAGAGGGGCAGUCGAAGGAGGAGUUAAAAAAAUCCUCCAAAGCUCAGUUCCAGUGCAACAAGUGCCAGCGCACCUUCCAUUACGAGAGGAGUUACCUGAAGCAUAUCAGUACGUACCACGGAGUGCGAGCCGACAUCGUCCACCGCUGCGACAUCUGCAUGCAGACUUUCGCCAACCGCAGCAACCUGAAGAUCCACGAGAAGCACGUCCACAACAACGAGCGGCAGUUCGCCUGCGACUCCUGCUCCAAGACCUUCAAACGGAAGAAGGACGUCAUCCGCCACCAGAGACAGGUGCACGAGCGCAACCUGCAGCACGUGUGUCCGGACUGUGGGAAGACGCUCAGCUCUAAGGCGGCUCUGCUGUUGCACGAGAGGACGCACACGGGGUCCAGGCCCUACGAGUGCGGCGACUGCGGCGCCAGGUUCACGCAGAACUCGGCCUUGAAGAUGCAUCGCAGGACUCACACAGGAGAGAAGCCGUACGCCUGUGAUGAAUGCGACUCUCGCUUCACCCAGAAACACAUGCUGUCCUACCACAAGAGGUCGCACACAGGAGAGAAGCCCUUCAUGUGUGAAGCCUGCGGCAAAAGCUUUGCUUCCAAAGAAUACCUGCGGCACCAUUCAAACAUCCACACGGGGUUCAAACCCUACAAGUGUGUGCACUGCGGCCGAGGCUUCGCCCAGAGAAACUCCCUCAAUCAGCACCUGAAGAUACACACAGGUGAGCGUCCGUACUCCUGUAAAGACUGCGAUAAGAAGUUCACCCAGCUGAACGCGCUGCAGCGACACCAGCGCAUUCACACCGGAGAGAAGCCGUACAUGUGCGGCCUCUGCAAGCGCACCUUUACCGACAAGUCCACCUUCAGGAGACACACCUUGGUUCACGAUACGGACUCUCCGUGGAAGACCUACCUGGUGCAGCUGGAGGGAAACCUGGAGGAGCGGAAACCCCGAUCCUUCAAAGGAGAGAAGGCCGAAAAAGGAGAGAAGAAGAGCACGGCCAGGAAAAGUCCCGCCGCUCCAAGUCCUGCUCCCGCUUCCAGUUCCACCAGUCCUGCCAGCAGCACGGAUAAAAUCCAGCUGGAUUCCAUCGUAGUUCCGACGGAACCGGUCACUCUCCCCUCUGAUUGGACCAGCCAUGGAACCAUCGCGUUGGUCAGCCACGGGGACCUGGAGGCCAUCACGGUCAUCCACACCGCCGUUCCUCCGGGGAUGCAGCUGCAGCAGCUCCAGCAGCUCCAGCCCAUCGUGACCACUGACGGCACGGGAGGCAGCCUCAUUUCCCUGGAGGGCUCCGGCCUCCCGCUGCCCUUCUCCAUCCCGGUCUCCGUGAAGCACCCGGUGUCUCUGACCUCCGCAGGACCAUCCGGCCCCCUUUCCGUCGCCACGCUCUCAGGUCCCGUUUCUGAAGCUCUGCUUCAGUCGGUUUCAGAGGUCCAGACGGUCUCCACGUCGGACUCCACACACCCCGCUCCACCAGCAGAAGCUCCGGGGAACAAGCUCCGGCCAGGCGUCGGCGGUUUGGGGAGCGACGUGCAGGUGGUGAUCGUCGGGGACGAGGCUUGUGGAAAUGAAAAGAACCUUCAGACCGAGGCGGAGGAGCUCUGAACGGAGGAGACGACCAGACGUCUGAUCAGAGAUGAUUUUAGCUCAUCGAAGCACAACUUCCACCAGAAGACCCUGAACUUCUCAUCAGCUGUAGCACCGAUCCUCGUGAGUGAUCUCGGAUAUUAUUGUCCCUUUUGAUGUCCAGAGAACUGAACUCCUUCUCUUUAAUUAUUAUUCCAAUAUUUUAAUCAGGAUGUCUCUAAGUUUGACUCAUUCCAGAAUCAUGCUGUUAUAUUUAAAUUGUAAUUACUAUACUGUAAAUAUUCUGGUAAAUAUGACGACAGACCUUUAGUCAGUUCCAAGAAAUGAUGAUCGAACAUUCCUUAAAACAAAAGUUUGGUCUGACUGGAUGAUUUUACAAGCUGAUCUAUGAACCUUCUGUUCAUAAAAAUAAAAACUUAUUUAUCAACCAA